UUUCCUCAGUCGGUAAAUUCUUAAAUUUUGAAGUAUCCAAUGCAGCAGGAGGUGGUUAAGAAAAAAAUAUGGCCGCAGAAGUGAGUUGUGGUGACAGUCAGUGAAAGAAAAUUAAACCCAAAACGAUGUAAAUAAAAAUGAAAGUGUUUUGUGUUGGGCUAAACAUCGGAGUAGAUCAAUGGGGACGUGUUUGAGUGUUGGUGACUAUGUGAAAAAGUGGGUGCUGUUUCGGAUGUAUGUUGUGUUUGGCGACCACCUGGCUCUGUCUGUGCUGUCAACCGGGCCUUAUCAUUCAAAAUAAGAUGGGCAUUGUUUAUUUUACUCGGAUUUAUCAAAGGAGUGUCACGUUGAAUUGCUGUGUUUGUUAGAUUUGACGAUCUCGACGGAUGCCUCCGUUGGUGGAGCACUACCACUUCCUGACGUCCAUGGAACCGCCCCGCAAUGGAGACAUGGUCAGCUCGGUUCAUGUGGGCGAGCGAACGCACCGGACCGCCAACCCCAUCACGCCAGCCCUGUGGACGGCCCUGUACGACUACGACGCGCAGGGCGAGGACGAGCUCUCCCUGCGCAAGGGCCAGAUCGUGGAGGUCCUCUCCGAGGACGCGAAGAUCUCCGGCGACGAGGGCUGGUGGACGGGGAAAAUCGGCGACAAGGUCGGCAUCUUCCCCUCGAACUUCGUCGCCUACGAGGACCCCAUCAACCACGUCAACUCCAUCAUCGUGGACAUCCACCCCAUCGAGAUCGACUUCAACGAGCUGGAGCUCGAGGAGGUGAUCGGCGUCGGCGGGUUCGGGAAGGUGUACCGAGGCGUGUGGAGAGGACACGAGGUGGCGGUGAAGGCCGCCAGACAAGAUCCCGACGCCGAUAUUUCGGUCACGUUGGAGAACGUCGUCAAAGAAGCGAAACUUUUCUGUUUGUUGAAACAUGAAAAUAUUGUGUCGUUGGAAGGUGUUUGUUUACAAGAACCGAAUUUGUGUCUAGUGCUUGAAUAUUGUCGAGGUGGUUCGCUAAAUAGAGUGUUGGCGGGGAGAAAGAUUAGGCCGGAUGUUUUGGUCGAUUGGGCUAUACAAAUAGCGCGCGGGAUGGACUAUUUGCACUGUGGGGCACCCAUUUCACUCAUACAUCGGGACCUGAAAAGCUCGAACGUCCUCCUCCGGGAAGCGAUCGAAAACGACGACCUCCUGUCGAAAACCCUCAAGAUAACGGACUUUGGUUUAGCUCGCGAAGUGUACAAAACAACGCGGAUGUCGCAAGCGGGGACCUACGCUUGGAUGGCCCCCGAAGUCAUCAAAAACUCCACGUUUUCGAGAGCAAGCGAUGUUUGGAGUUACGGAGUUGUCUUGUGGGAGUUGUUAACGGGCGAAACGCCGUACAAAGGUAUCGACACCCUGGCUGUGGCUUACGGCGUUGCCGUCAACAAACUCACCUUACCCAUACCCAGCACGUGUCCGCAACCUUGGAGGGAACUCAUGGAGAAAUGUUGGAAGUCCGAUCCGCACCUUCGGCCCAGUUUCGAGCAAAUCCUUUUCGAUCUAGAACUGAUUUUCAAUUCGUCGUUCACCCAAACUCCGCACGAAAGUUUUCACAUAAUGCAAGAUGACUGGCGUCAGGAGAUCGAAGAGGUCCUCUUGGAGCUUCGCAGGAAAGAGAAGGCAUGUAAAUCAUUUGAAGAGGAGUUGCGUUGCAGGGAAGAGGAUCUAAAUAGGGCGCAAAUGAAGCAAAGGAUGCACGAGGAACAGCUGCGGCAGAAGGAACAGGAACUGCAAGCGAGAGAAAUCGAUCUUUUAGAAAGGGAAUUGCAUUUUAUGAUUAAACAACAAACACCAACUCCGAUUAAACGGAAAGGGAAAUUCAAACGAUCGAGGCUGAAACUGCUGAAAAAAGAACCCGGGUCGAAUAUUAGCCUACCAUCGGAUUUUCGCCACACCAUCACAGUACAACACACACUCGACCACAAGGCUGUCAUUUCACCACAUAGUCCACCGGGAUCCCCGGCUAUAACCCGAUUACGGGCGAUAGCACUACCAGCCGACGGUGUAAAGGGGAAAACGUGGGGCCCUAGCACGUGCCACCAGCGCGAACGGGGCCAAAUAACGAUGCUCAGACCAGCCCCCAACAGGAGCGCGAUCUGGUCGAAAAGCGCCCCCAAUCUGGACAAGACCCGGACGCCGGUGUUGAGCCGACAGCCCCACGACAUAGAUUUCAUUCCGCCUGAAGAUUGGGGCCCUGAAUAUCCCAUUCCAGGAACGAUCAGGCAUAACGUACCUAUUCCGACCCUGUACAGUGCUGACGGUCAAAGGCUGAAACCAAAGUUAAGUAUUGUGGAAUUAGUUUUGUACAACAUCGCCGCAAUGUUGGCCGGAGUGGCGUCAGGUUAUGAUGUGCGAUUGUCGAAUGUGUCUCCCCUGCAUCCAAGGCUACAACCUAACAGGCCGGAAAUCGUCGACCUCCCCGCUUGGAGACCCAUCGAGAACCAAGACUACGAAUACUCCACAACUUCCGGCUACAGUCACAACACCUACCACGGCCCCACCCGCCACUGCCGCCCCAUGUUGACCGGUUCCCAACUCAUCACCCUCCAGCACGAAGAGCAACGUCCUUUGCGCUUCACCGACUCACCCCAACACCACCCUCCCAACCCUUCCCCUCGCCGAAAAUCAAGCUCGACAAGCAACGACGGCUCCGAACACUACCCCCCUUUCGACCGAACUGCCACGAUUUACGUUCCGGGCGACUACCAAACUGACCCCCCUCACUGUCACGGGUGCUCCGCCCCCGGCUAUCACUACGGGGGCCACUACCCGGACCACUACGCAGGGUACAGUUCCGAGUACAGUUGCACCACCAUGUACGGUUACGGCACUGAUUACGCUUACGAUAACCCGAGCAGUAUAAGUAGCCACAGUGGCUCACGCACCCCCCAAAGACUGCCGCAGGGGCACAGACGGACCCCGUCCAAUGUCUCAAACAGCUCGACUACGACAAGUGGCUCAAACGUCAACCCGAGCUUCAAGCUGGAAGAUGAGGGGAGUUACACAUCUGGUUACCUGCGGCGGUACGACUACGACUACAGCGCCUACUCGCGGCAGAACUCGCAAGAGUCGAACUUCGAGCGUCCAACCACGUUGGAGACUUCGGGUUUUACGAAGUUACGCUCGAGUUUGAAGCGGAAUAAUUACCAGGCGAGUCAGGGCCACUCUGGGGGGAAUACCCCGACGAAUCCAACGCCGCCUGAUAGUCUGACGAGUGACGAUAGUUCGUACGUUUCGGCGAAGGAUAGUAAUAGUUCUGUAAGUCGCGUUAGGUUUUCGCCAACGACGCUCAUUGAUUUGCCCGUUCCGAGGCAAAAUCAGGACCCGACGGUGCCGCUGCAAGCGAGGAGGUCGCGGCAGAAGCAGGCGGAUAAGGAGUUUUGGUCAUAACCUUUGUGGCUUACGUAAUUUUCAGACUUGUUUAAGGGUUGAAUCGGUUACAAUUGAAAUUAUUGUUAGCAAUAUUGAGUAUUUAAUACUAGCCAAUAAAGUGAUUUGUGUGAUGUUGGGCGGGAAGGGGGCGCCAACACUUCGAAGCUUGCGAUAAAUAAGAAAUCGCUUUCAAGUUUAACAUGCGUAGCCAGUCCAUUCUGUUUAAAAGAAAAAAAAAACUGAAAAAAUACACAAGAUUAAAGUUCGAAAGCUGUCGUUAUGCAACGAGCGCAUGCGAGUUUCGUACCUAGACACCCGAAAACUUAAGCGUAUAAGUGUUAUUAAAUUUUUGUUUGUUGGACAUUUUAAUUUAAAACACGUUGCUAUCAGCAACAUGUUUUAAAAUAUAUAAUCUACGAUGCAGAUAUUAAAAAGGAUUAAAAUGUUACCAACAAAAAAUAUGUUUUUUUGUUAAAUCUUCCUUAUCUUUAAAUGUACUUAAAAUGUUAUUCCGACCUGAUUUAUCAAGCCUCGGGCGUGAGCGCCCCGCCCCCCUACAAUAAUGUAUUCCUAGUCUAAUUUGUGUAUAUUUAUUAUAUUUUGUAUUUAAUUCGGCAAGUGUUAACUCUGUACGAUGCGUAUUUGGCUGUAAAUUUUAUUGUAUGUGUUAUACGUAUGGUUGUUUGCGAGACUAACAGACUUCACUCGUGUGUGGUCUGCUGGCCUCAAUCCUGCUCAAUCACUGAAUUUGAAUUAUCGGUGAAGACUCAUAAUGAUAUAUCAACAUUUCACAAUCCAUAGUGCCUGAUUAUGCAGCUUAGACGUACAAGUGAUAAGAACAUUAUUAGUCAUUUUGGUGCAAUUUAUUUAAAAUGUUUUUUGUUGAUAGAAGGAAACUCAUUGCUGCUGCCUUAAUAAUAAUGAAUAGAAUGUGAAUUUAUCAGUUUUAUACCCCGAGGUGGUGGAAAUUGACAGUUUUUUGACUUUUGAAAAAGACUGGCUUAAACAUUCCGAUGUAUAUCAUCACAUUUUGGCUCUGCUUAGUCAUACGCCUGUUGAUAAUUGUAAAUGAAAUGACCAACUUUAUUAAUUUGUAUAAAUAAUAACAAGAUUUUUAUUAAUUAACGUACUCAGUUCUUAAUGUUAGUAAGGGAAAAAGUAUUAUAAUGUAUUAUAUUCGUGCGGAACUUCCUCGUAACGAUUGUCAUAUUGAGUUAAAGGGAAGGUUCGCACUAUUCAAGUACAUGUGGCCAUUGUAUUUUUAACAAUUACGAGGUUCAGUAUUGGAUAAAGUGUACAUAAACUAUACAUAUUGUAGUUUUAGCUGAUAACACGUGGCUUCCACAUUGUGAAAAUCAUGUUAUAUUUAUUGAAGAAAUGAAGACCUUUGUAUCAUACAUUCCAAAUUUCUUUUCGUGAGAAAUUAUUACUCAAUACUCAUUUGUGUGAAUUGUAAACGACUCAAUAGAAUUUAUAAAACUAAUGUCUUUUCUUGAGCAAAGAUUAAUAAAUCACUACAAGUAUUAA